AUGGAAGAGUUACCAUUUGACGAUGAUAUCGUCAUGAAGGAUUCUGACGACGAAUCCAUAGCGUCAACAAUCAACACCGAACAUGAUUCGGAGGAGCCAUUCAACGUCUCUGCUGUUCUAGCGGCAUGGGAAGUUGAAGGGAGUUUACGGUACCUGAUUGAGUGGGAAGGCUAUGAUUUGUCCGAAGCCACCUGGGAACCCCGAGAGAAUCUGAACGACAUAAUCAUCGAGGAGUGGGAGGAAACAAAGGCACAGCCAGGUUAUGACCUUUAUCAAAAAAUCCGAGAGUGGAAGAAAGCCUGGAAGGCUUCUUACGCCGAAAAGCGCGCCCGCCACGACAAGAGAAACCGACGACGAAUACUUCGAGGAGAGAAGCCCCAUUCAUUCCAGUACAUGAGCGGGUCAUUGGAAUGGGUCAACCGAUUUCCAGAUAGACCGGACGUCAGUGCCUCUGCAGUAUCAAGUCCAUCCGUUGCAGACGGCGAUUCGGAUGCUGGAGUGGGACAACCUCUUCGCCCCUUGUCUGAAAAACGGAAACUCUCAGGCGCCAACCUAAGCGAAGAUCGCUCGCCUAGUACCAGCCGUCGUAACAGUACAUUAUCUGCCUCCAAGUUUCCCCUUGCUCGGGUAGAUUCCACCGCUUCAUCGACCAGUCACAGUCAUACGCAAGUGGCACGGGAACGUCCAAACGACGGCUAUCCGGCAAAUAAGCCGUUGACUAAAAAACCAGCACCAAAGAGCAAUAUUCUUGCAAAAUUCGGUCGCCCUGCAUUGACGAAACGUACCGACGCUGGAACAGGCAGGGGGCAACUAACAGCUCGCAAGACUCAAACCACGCAAGCCUUUACUGGUAAUGUAUUUGCGGGAGGAAAAGAAAGAAAACGGCGCACGACUCUUGCCGAAGCUGCAAAAGACCCAACGAAAACACCCAAAUUUUUCAACUAUCAUCAAAAAAGGCUUGUCGAAAAGGCAGGCCGCGAUCGAGACAGUGCCGCCCCACUAAUGAUGCCCUCCAACCUCAUUUCCUUGAACCCAGCAGAGCGGAAUGUAGAGGCACCGAACAUCCCAAAUCUUGGAGCCAGUACAAACGAUAGCCCAGCAGGCGAUAGCGUCAAACGUGCUCGCCAACAUGCCAGUUCACCUCAAGCCCCCGGUCAGAAGUCACAGACCAAGCCCAAGAACUCUAUUAGCUGGGGGACGGUCGAAAAGAUAACUUUCCAAGAACGGACAGGGUCUGACAGGGAACGUAGUCUCUUCUUGCGUGAGGAUACUGUUCCUCUGGAGGCUCCAUGGGUUGUGAAAGAAGAAUGGGAUAUUGAUACACUGCCUGCCGAAGACCCUUCUCCAGCCCCAACGAGUCAGCCAAAGGCCUCCACGACUCAGCCAAAAGUACUGAACGAUCGGACUUGUGGGAACGAUUAUGUUGAUCAACGGGAUGCAAAUCCUUCGAAUAGAACGAUCAGCAUAGACGUACAAUUUGGUCCAGGCACCCGGGAAAUCAUACCAGUGAUCUUCCAGAGACGUGAGCCUCAGAACGAACUAUCUUGGCCUGCGAUAUUUGAGAAUAUGCCCACAUUGAUAUUCUCACACACUUGCAUGGCUCAGGAUUUCCUGUCCCAGGAGAACUUCCUGGUUGCCGACAAGUUGGGCAAUGGCCUGGUGGUAAGCGAUGAUGGCGGAACUGGUCUGGAUGCUGUUGCAAACUGGCUUCGGGUCAGAUCACUAGUCGCAAGCACAAGCACAAGCACAAGCGCACAAGCACAAGCACAAGCACAGGCCCAGACGGCCGUAACUGUCGAACCCCCUUCACUACAGUACUAUCUAUUUCGACCAGCUCCUCACUUUACCACCCGCUCGCUCGCUCCAGUCAUACUCCCAGAGGGCCUCGAUACUGGAAAGCUACUGCCAAAAAUGACAUCGACGGUCUUUGAUCGCAUGCUAGGGUUUCGGUAUGAGCAGCUAUUGACAGAGGAAGCCCUCGCGAAGCCCCCUGGCAAGCACAUGUUCUUUCUUGCGUUUCCAGGGAACACCGCACAAGACGCUCAGUUUCUGGACAGAUGGCUCCGAAACUGUAAUCCUAAGUGUAGGAUCUUUUAUUCAUCCAUCCCUGGAGAUUGGCAGAAAUUUCUGCGGCUAGAGCAUGGGGUGGCCAUCAUCCACGAGGAAGCGAUUUGGUCUAUUCGUUUGUUUCCCCACGUCAACAAAUUGCUCUACCCAUCGAGCAAGUUCAAUUUUGUACUCUUUUCGAAAUCUCUGCAACCUUCACCCUUAUAUCCCUCACUCGCGCAGCCAUGUAGAGCCGGAGACGUGACAUUGCAGCCUCUCGGUGGACAGAGAAGGGCCGCGAUACUGGUCACACCUAGCUUUAUCAUUUCACAGCCACAACAAAUUUGGAAUUUCUUCAAGUGGUUUUAUAAGGCCUGGAAGAAUGCUCGUAGUCACUUUUCACUUGUCAUUUGCGCUGACUUUGAUGGCUGGCUUCUCGAGAUAGCUGCCGAGAAAGAGAAGGCCUGGUCACGUUUGACCAACCGGCUUCGGGAUGACCAAAAAGAACGGGUUACUAAAGAAGUUGAAGCGCUAUACAAGGUCAAAGAAUGCGUUCGAAAUCUUCAAGACAUGUCAAGUGAAGAGCAGCCCGGAAUCAUCCUGGGUCCAGAAUUGAUCGACAGGAAUGACGAGCAGAGUCUGGUCAAUUGGUUCGGUUGGUGGUCUGUCAUGAAUCUGGAUCGAUACCGGAGGUUCACCGUUAUUGGAUCCAGCACGACGGAUGUUGGGAGACUUACAUACUGCACCACCAGACCUGAUUUUAUUACUUCCAGCUCGUCACAAGACGUCGAGCGAACCGAAGCACUGCUAUUGUCCAUACAACAUGAAUCAGAAGCCCAACAUAGAUUCCAGAUGGUUCCUGAUGACACUAGUGUGUCGUUGGAAAACUAUUUGAACAGGUUAUCUGAUCGAAAUCAGAAACAAUACAAUUUGGCAAUUUACACACGGCCUGUUGGCUACUGGGACGAAGCGACGUCCGGCGUGCAUCCCGACGACUUUGGAACUUACAGCGACUGCAUUCAACAGUUCAAAGAUAAGAUAGCACGCCGUACUGCUAAGACCAUUGUGGUACUGUGUUACACGGUGGCGGAGAAGUCGAGUCAUGGUGGAGCACUGAGAGAUGUCGGAAGAAAGCGACGGCCUUGGUUUGUUGUAUACAGGCCCAUGAACCUCCAAAUGCUCCAUUGGAAGGAGGCAGAGCUUAUCAUCUGGGACCCUCUUGCAAAGAAAGCAUUUCACGAUGAUACAGACAUGUAUGAGGGGGAUCUCAUCGAAGCACAGCGGAUAAUAAUACAAAGACUUCGUAGAGAGCACGACAUGUUGCCGCUCAACCGCAUCUGGAUCGGAGGGUGGGAUACUGACCGGCCAUCCUCGGUCGACCCUCUUGAUACCACACUCCAAACUUUGGAGAGGUUGUUGCUGGAUUGGAGGAAUAACGUUCCCAUACCGGUGCCCGCCAUGUGGAACAAGGGGUGGAAAUGGGUUCAGAGAGGACAUGCUCCUUUCCAGCCGCGAACACGGUCUCCUUCUCCGGAACCAAUGGACGUCGAUACUGCACCGGAAGAGACUGACACCAACACGGCAGAUGAAGUGUCAAAAAUAGUAUUUGACCCUCCUCGAGCGAUGAAGCCGAAUGGGAAAAUGACCUGCAAAAACAGGUUCUUUCAGUCUUGCAUGUAUGAAAAGGUUCGUGGGGCUCCGAAAGGCGCUUUGGAGUACCGGUUUGAACCAACAAUGCAAUGGUACAAGCGCCAGUUUGAGGAAGGCAGUGGGUUCGAGCACAUAAAUUUUAUGACGUGGGAGGAGGUCUUUGCAAAGUACAAGAUCGAGAACCCUAAGGAGGUUCGACGUGAUGUCAGAUGA